UUACUUGAAGAACAAAUAUAUUCCAACUUCAGUUGAGAGAUAUUGUUGAAACGAACAAAGACUACCGAAUCUGCGAAAGUUAAAGCAGUGAAUACGAUACGUAUUUGAAAAUGUCAGGAACAAUAUUAGAAAACUUAAGUGGACGAAAACUAGCUGUUCUUGUCAGUUUUAUACUUCUUUGUCAAAUUGCAUGUUUCCUUAUUGGCGGUUGUAUAGCACCUGCACCAUCCAAUGUGGAAAAUGUAUUGGGUACAAAAUGUCUCGUAGACACUGCUCUUUCACCUGGCACGUUUGAUGAUCAUUGGCACAUACCAAGAGGACAUGAUAGAAGGCCUAUCAACUGUCAUCCAAUAAAUAACAUUAAUUCUCCUGAAGCUAUCAAGGAUGAACGAGUAACGCCCAAUAAAAUUGUCUUUGCUUUCCAAAUUCCAAACCCUAAGGUUAACGAAGUGUUGGAUUAUUCCCGAUGGAUGCAAAAUCUUAUUGGUGUAUUGCACAUAGAAGUUUUAUACAAAGAAAAUAUUCCAAUAGCUGGAAAACCAAUUCUUUCACUUGAUGUGAAGCUGGGAUACAGAAACAAGUGGGAUCCAGAUGAUAAGUAUACACUGAUUGCCAAGUCAACGGAGAAACGAUACAUGUCUUGUGAAAUUGAAGACAAAAGGAAAAUUGAAGGUUACCAGUAUGAUUGUGAUCUUUUGCCUCUCUUUGAACUUGGGAGUCUCCAUCACGAUUUUUAUCUGAUCAAUCUUCGUCUUCCAGUUGCAGAAAGUAACAAGGAACCAAUUAAUGAGGGAAUUGGUCAAAUUGAAGAUAUUAUUGUGGUGGUAAUCAACCAAAAUGGUGGUUUUACUAAAGUUUGGGUCUCUCUGAAAACUGUUUUCUUCCCAGUUAUUAUUGGUUUAAUGAUCUGGUUUUGGCACCGUAUUUUGCUUUUACCUCGACCACCAGCACUUCUAGAGAAGAUGUUGCUGACCCUAGGAAUAGCGCUAUCUCUAUUGAAUUUACCACUAGAGUUUCUUACACUGUGGGUAGAGAUGCCUUUUAUGUUGUUGCUGAGUGACAUUCGUCAAGGAUUGUUUUAUGCUGCCCUCCUUAGCUUUUGGCUGAUUUUUUGUGGAGAACAUCUCAUGGAUGACGUGACACGAGGUCGUGUGAGGAGUUACUGGAAACAUCUGAGUGCUGUUGGUUUUGGCUGUUUGUGUCUCUUCAUAUUUGACAUGUGUGAAAGAGGUGUCCAGCUGAAGAAUCCUUUCUACAGCAUCUGGGUGACAGACCUGGGAACAAAUUUGGCUUAUCUGGGUGGCAGGACAGACUUGGGGAAAAACUUGGCUGUAUUCUCUGCUUUAUUCAUAAAAUAUGAAAUUGACAGUGGCUAGCUGUCAAAAAAAAAUAGGUUUUAGUGUUUAAGGAGUAGGUACUUCAGGCAUUAUAAUUAAUAUUCAAAUCAGUUGUAAACAGUGGUCAAAAUUAUUAUAAAAAAAAAACUAGUUGCUACCACAACAUUUAUAAGAAAAAUCAUACUAUUAUAAUUGAUUGAUAAGCAAAGAAAUAUUCUUUUUCAAGGGGACCUGGACCGCUACAAGGUUUUAAGUAUUACAAGAUAAUCUGUCUGAUCAGUGUAGCUGUGUUUACAUGUUAUAAAGUAAUAAUUAUUCAAUAUAUAAACAGUUGUUUAAAAAAUGAAAACUAUUUUGGCUAAUAAUAAUACAGUAGUUUUGUGAUUGGAUUCAAUAAUUCUAUGAACCUUAAAUGCUUGACCUAGAAUAUUGAUCAAGUUUAACUUAUUUUGUGACCACCUUGUUGAAAAACCUUUUGGGCAUCAAAUGUCAUUUUCUAUGAUUUAUUGAUACAUAUUUUUUAAAAUGCUUGAAUAAUAUUUCAGACAUGAAAAACAAAAUAUUUCUUUCAAAGAUUUUGUAAGUGAUUGUAAUUUGAAUAUUUUGAUUAGCUUAGGUUUUCUGCUUAGAAUAUCUGUUGUCCAGACUUGAUUAAAAUCUGUAUUUGUGACAAAA